UUUAAGCGCUUCAAAUAAGUGGAUUAGCAAAAAGUCUUUUUGAUAAAAAUAAAAUGAGCCGUGAAAUAUUGGCACCACCUCUACAACGUAUGGACAACAACCGUUGCUAUCGCGUGAAUUUAAUACACGAAGAUUUCGGAAACCAACUAGCGGACAUGCAGCGCCAACGCCAUCAACAAGACACGAAACCGACGGGAAACGCUUAUAUGGAGCAGGACUUGUACGACGAGGACGAUGAUGAUGAACACGAUGAGGGAGGUGAUUUUAACUUAGAAGAAUUGCCAAACGGCCAUUACAAACUGACUAUGCAUGUGGCGCCGAGCUUUUAUGGUGGCUUGAUCGGGUUCAAAGGCACCACCAAACGACGUAUAGAAUCUGAAACUCAAACCGAUAUUUAUAUACCCCGUAGUAGGGAGGGUGGACAGAAACAAGCCGAUGAUGUUACGAUUAAAGGAAAAACUCGAAGUACCGUCAUGGCGGCACGCAGAAAAAUAAAUCUGUUAUUAAUUUCAUUGCGAAAACGUAUGCGGCCGACACACUUCACCUGUGUGCCGUUAAAUUAUGGCGAAGUAAAGGAGAGAUUCAUUGCAAUGAAGAAGCAAAUACUGGCUCUCAAUUUGCCUGGUAUUGAUGAAAAUCUUUUCCAAUCUGAUGAUUGUAUUCAUUUAACAUUGAUUACCUGUGUACUACUGGACGACGCUGAACGAGCUAGAGCCGUAGAGGUUCUGCAAAGUUGCAAGUCUUUCCUUGCCGAUCUGCAGACGCCGUUCCAAAUACAGGUGCGCGGUUUGGAAAUUAUGAAUGACGAUCCAAGCUCUGUACGCGUAUUGUACGCUCGCAUUGAUGCACCAGAAUUAAAAAAGUUUGGUGAUAUGUCUAUGCAACCUUUUCUACGCAGUGGUUUGGGUUUCGAUGAUCAUGAACGCGGUGGAGUAAAGCUACACAUGACCAUAAUGAAUAGUCGUCACCGUAAGCAAAUUGAUGCUAAAGCGGCUGAUUCUUUCGAUGCACGUGAAAUACUAAAACGAUUUGGUGAUUAUAAUUUUGGUAAAGUAGAAUGCAGUGAAGUGCAUUUGUGUGUAAUGCAUCAUACAUCGGGCGACGAACGAGGAGCAUUUUAUAGAAUCACAGGAAGUUUAAAAUUCUAAUGCGGGAUUGGUGAAUUUUGAGUGUAAAGAAUGCAAUAUGCUAAUAAAGUAUAGUACCAUUUGUAAUAAAACUGAAA